AUGGCGGGGCAGCAGGAUAGGGAAGAGAGAAGGGCGGCCAUGGCGGGAAGACAGAACGGGAACAGCAAGGAGAAGGGGAAGGAGGUGGAAGGCAAGAAGGUUGGACAUCAAUUCUGCAGCGUGUUCUCAGCCAAGGAAUCCGGGGAGCGAUUUUUAUUGUCUAAAAAUGAAGACUCUGGUUUUGAAUUUGUGCUCAUCUGCCCAGUCGUGGCCAUAUUUGAUGAAAUGUUUAUUGAGAAGCCGUCAGCUUUUCAUGCUAAGCCUUCCUACAAUCUGGUUGCUACAACAGAAAGUAAGGAGGAGGACAAGAAAAUAUCGGUUGUCCCCCAAGAGGAGAAUAAUGGUGCCAAAAAUAAGAGGACUGCGGAAAUAGAUGCAAGCAGCUCGAAAUUAAGGAAGUGUUCUAAGGGAGCAUCAGCUGGUUACAAGUCAAUAAUUGUUAACAGUACAGAAGCCAUCGUGAAAUUUCAAAGAGAACAAGCAGUAAUUUCGAGAAGACCACCAGUAACUGAAGAGCAGAAGAACUACGUUCUUCAAAGGGCAAAGCAAUAUAAAUCAAAAAACCCUAUAACUCUGCAAAUAAUGAAGGAGACUUAUGUCUACAAGACAUAUUUUAUGAUUAUUCCAUGUGAGUUUGUUAGGGACUAUCUUCCCCACUCCGACAAGAAGCUGACACUCUUGGAUCAACUAGGAAAGACUUGGGAAGUUAGCUAUGUCUAUUUCAGCGAGCGUCGUGUUGGCGCUUUCAGUGGAGGCUGGGGCAAGUUUUCUCUAGGUAAUCAUCUAGAGGAGUUUGACGUCUGUGUCUUCGAACUCUUCUCAGAGGACAACAUAAAAGUGCACGUCUACAGAGCUAACGCCAUGCUAACUGAAUAUCUCGUAGAUUCUAGCAACAAAUAACAGCUGCAGUUCCAUAUUGACCUGCGCUCUAGUAGUCAAUAAGGGGACUAUUCAUAUGCUAGCUAAGAGAUAUUUGUGACCAAGUGGAUCCCAGCUA